CGCAAGUAGUCCACAGGCAGAAAAAUUUAGUUUUAAAUUUAAACAAAUUACUCGAAAAUGUAUCUGUGAUCAGUGAGCAAUAAAACUUUACAUUAAAAUUUGUUAUAAUUUGUGAUUAUUUUUGAUAAUUUUAAAAUUUGAUUACAACUAAAUAAAACACAUUGUCAUUACGGGGUUUGCAACAUGGUAUCCACACGUCAAAUGGCAACCAGCGGCAAUGGCGCUCAACAACAACAAAACAAUCAGGCCGCCAACAAUACCGUCGAUGAAACUGUUCGACUUUUCUAUGUUACGCGCCAGGCAUCAAGCUCCAAUUAUUUACUCCUCAAUACCUCUAUGAUAGGAAGUCCAUCCUUACGUACUAUCAGUCAUUCUAUAACUCGUAACUCAACUAAUCGUAGAGAUUCGGAUGACGAUGACAAGCCAAGCUGCAGUAGACCUAAAGUUAGUUCAAGUAAUAAUGGCAAAAAUUUACUUGACUUGCCACAAGAAGUCUUGGAACAUAUUUUGUCAUAUGUGAGCUACAAAAAUGUUGGGCAGUUAAGAUCAGUGUCUCAUCAAAUGAAUAACGUGUGCAUGAAUAUUCUGAAUUCAACUUUCAACAAACAAAUCACUUUGACGUAUAAUAGGUUUCAAUGUAUCAAAGCAAAUAUGCCACGCCGCGAAUCUGCCCGACGUAAUCACCCAUUGUCAUGCGAAUCUGACAUAAUUGAGACAUGUUAUAUGAGGCUCUCCCUUUUACAAAUGACAUUUGGCAAACAUAUCGAACGUAAUCAUUGUUGCUUCUUUCCUGGUGGGAUAUUAGAUGAAGUUUACACAAUAUUAAACUACAUUAAAAAUACACCAGUUUUGGAACGUCCAUAUCGAGUAACUGAUGAACUUUUUGAUUUAUCAACAAUGGCCAUGGAAUAUUUUAAAGAUCGCAUUGAGCCUACUUUACCAGGUAUAGCGUUUAAUAAGGAUUUCUAUACAAUGCCAUCCAUAACUCAACGAUCAAAUUUACCAUUGGCUGUCGAUAUUGAAUCCGAUAGUUCAUCUAGUUUACCGUCGCCACCACAAAGUAAUAUGGUUCUACGUAAGGGAAUACGUAAGAUAAAACAAGGCAUGAAGAUCUAUAAUAACCAACUAUCGGUAUUGCGCACGGAGUUACGUAGUUGCAAGCGUAAAACUGCCGAACAAACUAAGCAACUUGCGGAACAAAUGAAAUUAUAUGCUGAGCAACAGAAACAAACAUUGGAAUUUGCGAACCGUUUCGACGAGAUCGAUAAGAAGAACGAAGAAAUGUCUCACAAAUUUUCAACUUUGUUACAGGAACUUAACAAAUGCAAAACUGAGUUGCAAUAUUGGCGCUCAAAAAGUCCAGCAGUACCAAUUUGUUCCGCUUGUGGACAAAAAGUUGUACCCAUGUUGCCUUCUGAAGAUAUACAAGCUUUAAUUAAUCAGGGUGUUAAGCCAGAAGACUUAUUAAAUGUAAACGAGAUGUCAGUAGAAAAUAAUAGCAAUCAAACCAAUUCACCAACAGACACUGGAUUUGUUUAUCCUGAUGAGGCAACAACAUCGAAACUGAUUGCAAUCACCUCAAACAAAAAUAAACGCCAACAUGCUAUGUCAACCACUGUCGAUGAAGGUAAUGCCAAUACUUCUCAACAGGAAACAAAUGAUAAUACUGACACUAGUGUCACUUUCACUAAGUUUUGUGGCAACCAAUGCGGCAAUAAUACCGAAAAAGUUAAGGACAAUGAGACACCACCUGUUAAUGGUGGUGUUAGUAAUACAAUUAACAGUGUGGGAUACUCCCCCCAAUUGUUUUACGGGCAUAACACUUCACAUAAAGGCGUUAUCGUUAGUACAGCGACAAUCGAGAAACCGGAAGCUACAGUUGCUCUUACUGACAGUGUAGCUAUUUUAGAAUCUGGUUCAAGUGUAUCUAAUGUUGCUGGAGGUGCUAUUAAUAACGCAGCUUUUAUCGAAACUAAUGGUGGUGGCACAGAAGAUGUUAUUUCUUUGCAAGGCAUAACAUCGCAUGAAACAAAAAAAGCACGUAGAGUACAAAAAGCCAUGAGAUGUGUAAAUGUUAGUGGCAAACGCAGUAAAUAAUUAUAUUUUAAAAAGAAUCGAAUAUAUUAUUAUUAAGUAAAUUUUGUUAUUAAGAAACAUAAAUACGUAAACAACUUUUUGAUACAUAACGUAAAAGUGAAAAAUGCACAUUAGCAUUUAGUUAAGUUAUAUAAAACUUUAAUUCUUUUUAAACCAAUUAUAGUGCAAAUAAUUGAAAAUGAUAUGAACCCACUAGAACUGUUAGUACAUAAUGUGUAAUACAAUUAGAAAAUAAUUUUCUUCCAUAAACUUCUGUGUUGUGGAAUGAACACUAGCAUAAUUUCUAUGUUUCCAGUAGCAUACACAAUUUCAUUCAAAAUAUACAAACUAAGUGAUGAGACAUCAAAAAUAGGAAACCUCUUUGGGCUAUGUAGCUCUUUUAUUUAUUCAAAUUUUUAUCACCUUUUGCAUUUAUGGGUAUUUGAAGUAUACGCACGUACCUAUAUUAUUAAGCAAUUGGUGGUGCUAGAGUAAUUUGCAAUAUUAUUGUAAUAGUUUAACUAUACUUCCGAUAUCUAUUCUAAUAAUGUGAUUCUUUUGUACAGAGUACAGUUCUAAAAUGCUACUGAUGUCAAUGUUAUAUAAAACUAAUGUGUAUGCAGCAGAUAUUUGGUCUUUUAAUAAAAAAGAAAUUGUAAAUUUUCAAAAUAAAUAAUAUUUUGCCUGCAACAAUUAUUUAAAUAUUUAAAUUUAUUUAAAUAUGCAAUACAAAUCACGAUAAUUGGUUGCUGCUAAUACACCAUAUCCUUCUUAUUGUACAUGUUAAUUUAAUGAAACAUUUUUCAAUUUCAUAUAGUACAGUAUUUAAAAGAACAAGAACAUCAUGUCCUUAUUGUACAUGUUAAUUUAAUGUAACAUUUUUCAAUUUCAUAUAGUACAGUAUUUAAAAGAACAAGAACAUCAUGUCCUUCUUAUUGUACAUGUUAAUUUAAUGAAACGUUUUUCAAUUUCAUAUAGUACAGUAUUUAAAAGAACAAUGUUGCAAAGACCAUAUGUUGCAAUUAUAAGUGUGUAUUUAGGAUUUAAAAAAAUCAAAUUAUUUUUGUAUUGUAUUAAAAUGAAUUCACAAAUGAAAAUAAUUUCCUGAAGGUAAUACUUAAAUGUACAUUUAGUUUAUUUAUUAUAACAAAUGUUAUAUAUUAUUAAUUUCACAAUGCAAUUAAAAGAUAAUAAAUUUUUAAUCAAUUGUAUAAUAAAAAGUUACCUGCAUAAUUGUUAAAACACCAAUUUCCAAUAGUUGAAACACGAAAUCAAAUUUAAAUUGAAUUAAAUAUUUUAACAUUUAUGAAAAUUAUAAAAAAAUAUUUUCUCACUUGAAUGGAACAGAGAAUUCUUAAUGAUAGCAAUAAAAAUAUUUCAUGUU